UGCAAAUGAAGCAGAUUUUUGAACCCUAGACAGUGCAACUGGAGUAUUUGUGUGAAUGUACCACUGGGAAAAUCUAACAUGUUGUUGUUAAUCAAUGUCCUUCUCACCUUGUGGUUUUACACUGCUCAUGGACAGGAAAUUUUCUGCAAACCACCUGUCAUUUUAAAUGGACACGCUGUACUUCCAAAGGCAACUUAUAAGGCAAACGAACGAGUUCAAUAUAGAUGUGCAGCCGGUUUUGAAUAUGGUCAGAGGGGAGAUACAAUAUGCACUAAAUCUGGAUGGACUCCAGCUCCUGCUUGUAUAGAAAUAAUAUGUGAUCCUCCUCAUAUUCCCAAUGGUGUGUACAGACCUGAAUUAAGCAAAUACAGAGGUCAAGAUAAAAUCACUUACGAGUGUAAAAAGGGUUUUAUUCCUGAGAUCCGUGGAACUGAGGCAACGUGUACCAGAGAUGGCUGGGCACCUGCUCCAAGAUGUGCUUGGAAACCUUGUGAUUAUCCAGUAAUCAAACAUGGAUGGCUAUAUUAUUCAUACAGAGGAUACUUUCCAGCAUAUGUAAAUCAACAGUUUGUCUAUUCCUGUGAUCGGUAUUUUGUGCCUCCUUCACAACGUUCCUGGGAUUACCUGACUUGCACAGCACAAGGAUGGUCUCCAGAAGAACCGUGCCUCAGACAAUGUAUUUUCAAUUAUCUGGAAAAUGGAUAUAACCCACAUCGUGAAGAAAAAUAUUUACAGGGUGAAACUGUAACAGUCCGCUGCUAUGAAGGCUACAGUCUUCAAAAUGAUCAGAACACAAUGACCUGCACAGAGAGUGGCUGGUCUCCUCCUCCCAGAUGCAUCCGUGUCAAAACAUGUUCAAAAUCUGAAAUAAGAAUUGAGAAUGGAUUUUUGUCUGAAUCUGCCUUUACGUAUCCCCUAAAUAAACAAACAGAAUAUAAGUGUAAACCAGGAUAUGUAACAGCAGAUGGUAAGACAUCAGGGUUAAUUACAUGUCUGCAAAAUGGAUGGUCAGCUCAACCUGUAUGCAUUAAGUCCUGUGACAGGCCAGUAUUUGAGAAGGCCGAAGUCAAAAGUGAUGGCACAUGGUUCAAGCUGAAUGACAGCCUGGACUAUGCAUGUCUUGAUGGGUAUGAGACUCGAGAUGGACGCACCACAGGCUCCAUAGUAUGUGGUCAAGACGGCUGGUCCGAUAAAGCUGCAUGCUAUGGACAAUGUAUCUUCAAUUAUUUGGAAAAUGGACAUAACCCACAUCAUGAAGAAAAAUAUUUACAGGGUGAAACUGUAACAGUCCGCUGCUAUGAAGGCUACAGUCUUCAAAAUGAUCAGAACACAAUGAACUGCACAGAGAGUGGCUGGUCUCCUCCUCCCAGAUGCAUCCGUGUCAAAACAUGUUCAAAAUCUGAAAUAAGAAUUGAGAAUGGAUUUUUGUCUGAAUCUGCCUUUACGUAUCCCCUAAAUAAACAAACAGAAUAUAAGUGUAAACCAGGAUAUGUAACAGCAGAUGGUAAGACAUCAGGGUUAAUUACAUGUCUGCAAAAUGGAUGGUCAGCUCAACCUGUAUGCAUUAACUCUCAAGGAAAAUGUGGGCCUCCCCCACCAAUAGACAAUGGAGACAUUACCUCACUCCUGCAAUCAGUAUAUCCUCCAGGAUAUACUGCUGAGUACCAGUGUCAGCUCUACUACGAACUUAGGGGAAACAGAAACAUAGUAUGUCAGAAUGGAGAGUGGUCAGAACCACCAAAAUGCUUAGAGGCAUGUGUAAUUUCAGAAGAAACAAUGAAAAAACAUCACAUACAGUUAAGAUGGAAACAUGAUACAAAACUUUACUAUAAAACAGAGGAUACUAUUGAAUUUACGUGUGAAUAUGGUUAUCAUCAACUGACACCAAAACAUACAUUUCGAACAACUUGUCGGGAAGGAAAGGUGGUGUAUCCUCAAUGUGGGUAAAACAUAGACUAAAUGCAGUUGUAAAACUGAAAUAUGUAUAUGUAUUCAGAUUUUUCCUUAUUAAUUCAAUUCUGUUUAUUUUAUCAAGUAUUUUUAAACUCAUCUUGAAUCAUAAAUCAGAUUUGUGUUAAAUAUUAUGGGGACAAUGUAAUUGAGAGAUGGGUCCAAUGAAUCACUUCUUAAAAGUACCUCAUUAAACUUGGCAAAUCAAAAUAUUA